AUGUCGAUGUUCUACCUUCAGCCGGACGCCAGCCAGUCCAUCAUGGGCUUCCCACAGCGAUCCGCUGUUUACCCACGCGCGCCUGCCGCCAGUUUCAGCACUAGUGCACUGCGGCAUCGUCCGACAUUUCCUACCCCCUUGAGUCAGGAGUACAGGCCGUUCUCGCGAAGUUCCGGCUCGGGCGUCGCGGGAAGGAAGGUGGGACCCGAGUCGCCGUUGCCUGAUGCGACUGCUGGUACACGCAUCGAACAAAUCACUCGUCCCAGAGCGCUAGCUUCACUGCAGAACCCGGAUACCCACUGA